AUGCUACUAUUCGGGAAUGGUCUCAGGAUACCCUACUUUCAUGUCGCGCCCUAUCUCGCAACUCGGAUAACCGGCACACGGCCAGAAUCCUACCACCACGUCUCGCCAGCGACCACUCAUCACCGCGCAAAUACCUCAAAGUUCGAGGACGCUCUUAGGGCCCAGAUGAAGCAAAAAAAAAUUGGGGUCGAAUGGUUUUCCUCUUCCGGCAUGAGGCAGGCUUACUCGGCUCAGAAGUGCCGGGCUCUGCUUACGCCCUGCAGUACCCUACCGCAAACUGAUCAAACUCUUUCUUUUGCACCAGUAACUCUACACCGUCUACAGACCUCCCGCUUUCAACGGCGCAGGCCGCAGCAGCGCAAAUCUGGCGCUAACACGUCGAAACAAGCUUCUCGUUCCCUGAGCCAGGGUUUCUUGAAUCCCUCUAACGCAUUCAAUACGGCAUCCGCUUUUCAAUGGUCUUCUCUAGGGAGACUUCCCUUCGCUGAGAGGGUUCUUAUGAAGGAAGAUCAAAUUUACAUGCGAUCCCACGAUAGUCUAUGCCUAAGCGCAAUCAGACUGCAAAGGGGAGCAGCAAGCUAUGCGAGCGUAGGCGCACGAACAUCACUUUUCCACUUUGGCUGGCAGGGCUGUGUACUUGGCGAACAAGCCGACGGCGGGUACUCCGUACAACUAAAUGAUUAUGUCCGUAGAACCCACAACAAGAAAACAGCGAAAUGUCGGGUCCGUACCCAGAUGACGGAAGUUACUAAACCCCGACUUUACAGUUCGGAGAUCUCAUAG